CUAUCAGAAAAAGAGAAGGCGCACGAUCAGUGACCAAUUAAAACCUAGGAAGGAGGAAGCAAAGACAUAUCGCCAUUUUGUGUUUCUGUUUUGUGAUUACGCAGUAAAUUAUUGUGCGAGUGUUCAUUUACGAGUAUUUUCGGGGUAGCGUUUAAAAAAGACAAUGUCCUCAAGGAAAAAGAUUUUGCUGAAAGUAAUAAUUCUGGGUGAUUCGAGUGUUGGUAAAACCUCAUUGAUGAACCAAUAUGUGAACAGAAAGUUCUCAAAUCAAUACAAGGCAACAAUUGGCGCAGACUUCUUAACAAAGGAGCUCACCAUAGACGAUAGGACUGUCACUAUGCAAAUCUGGGAUACGGCAGGGCAGGAGAGAUUCCAAUCGUUAGGGGUGGCCUUUUAUAGAGGCGCCGAUUGCUGUGUUUUGGUUUUCGAUGUGACAGCUCCGAACACGUUUAAAUCGUUGGACAGUUGGCGAGACGAAUUUUUAAUUCAGGCAUCACCGAGGGAGCCUGAAAAUUUCCCAUUCGUUUUACUCGGCAACAAAGUUGAUUUGGAACCGAGAGCGAUUUCCGCCAAAAGGGCACAGCAGUGGUGCCAGAUGAAAAACAACAUACCCUACUUUGAAACUUCGGCGAAAGAGGGUUUAAACGUGGAACAAGCAUUCCUGGCGAUAGCCAAAAACGCGUUAGCCCAGCAAAACUCGUCCGUGGACCUCUACAAUGAGUUUCCCGAUCAAAUCAAGCUGACCAACACCCAGGGUGCAAUGGGCCAAGGUGACAAUUGUGCCUGCUAAGGAUCCACGGUAUCCACGAGCAUAGAUUAAAUUUGGGAAUGCGAAAUUUACUUUAUCGUUAUUUUAAAACGUCGGUGUCUAAUUGCAUUGUUCCGCCAUCAAAUUUCGAGUAGGAAACUAAAUUUUGCCGUUUACGUGGUGGUUUUUGUCGAUGAUCGAGGACAAGGAAAAUAUAAUUUUUGGUUUUUAUUCGACUAGUUUUAUUGGGAAAACAAUGAGCACUGACUUGUAAAAAAAAUGGUUUUAUCCUUGGGUUCUCUAGCGGUGUCUAUGGUGGCUGGGUUUUUGAGAAUGUGUCACCGGGAAACGAACCCCCACGGAAUCUAUAUUACCAUUUAAGUAUAAAGUAGCCGUUAUUUAUUUUGUUAGGGAAAUUUAAAAUAUUGUUUGGAGACGAUUGUUACUAAAAAUGUGAUAAUAUAUAUGUUCUUUUGCUGCAUAGCUGCCGGUUGGAGUGUAAUAGCGCUUUGUACCGUAGGUAGGUAAAUGAACAGGUCGUCUCUCACUGUGUAACGCAUACCUAUUAAUUUUUUUGUAAAUAAUUUAUAAAUAUAUAUUAUACACUAUAUACUAUAGGUGUCAUAGUGUUCGCGUGGCUCUGUGGUAUUUCGUGUUUCCUUCUUUUCCCUCUUUAUUGCCGUUCCAGUUAGGUACCACAGGACUGCUCGAAUUAAACGCUAUUAUUAUUAUUAUUAUCUUCUAAUAGAUAUUUUUAACUUUG